ACGGCCUUGACCUGUGACCCGUCGCACCCCCCGAAAGGGCCUCAUAUCGGAUUCCUCUGAUGCUGCUAGAAGUCGAUGAUGGCGAGUUACGUGAGUUCACCGACUGUGGAUCAAGUAAAAGCUCGUUUGGAAAAGUACGACAUCCGGGCCUCCCAAACCUUCCCUGACUCUGUGCAUGAUCAUCUCCGGCGGAGCAGCGUGCUCGUACCUCUGUUUUUCCGGAACGACACCCUACAUGUCCUACUGACGCUUCGUUCGGCCACAUUACGUCAUCACGCCUCGACUGUAGCCUUUCCGGGCGGGAGAAAAAACGAAGACGAUGUGGAUGACGUUGCAACAGCGCUACGAGAAGCUGAGGAAGAAAUAGGACUUCCCCCAUCACAAGUAGAGGUGGUCAGCUGCUUGGGCCCAACCUUCUUCCGACCAAAUUAUUCCGCAUUCCCAGUAGUUGGUUUUAUACCAGAUGGUUUCAAGCCGGUUCCAAACACAGAUGAAGUUGAGUUUGUGUUCUCCGUUCCUUUAGCGAGGUUUCUACAGGAAGACUUCGCGACCACUGAAACGACAUUGUUAGGCCGAAAGAUCUUUAUUUGUCAUUUCCCGUGCGAGACUGAGAGGGGGGAGGUUUCUGUAUGGGGGGGAACAGCAUGGAUAUGUGUAUUGUUGGCUGCCAUUGUUUACCAAGAAACAUUCAGUAUCUCCUUUUUCAGCAACAGCAACGCGAGCAAGGAUCUAGCCAAGGAAUUAGAAGAUUUCUUCUUAUACAUGUGUGAAAACACAAAGCCUCAACACAAACUUUGAUUUUCAGGAAGUGAAAUGACUUUUGACAUCCAAGGAUAUUUCGCCACGUGAUGAUCGGGAUCAAGGGUUGCACAAAUUUGUUGUGUCCCUUAGCUGUGUUAGGAUCUGCUGAUCGGUAGAAUGUUAUUAUCGUUUAUGAUUAAUUUUCUGUAGGCUUGUUUGUCCAUACUCUUCGCCAUCUCGAGAGUGGCCAACGUAUACAAGCUGAUUUAAUUUAAAUACUAUGGAUAGCUAGGAUUCAAUUAAAGCUGGUUGCGAAUUGACUACGUAAGGUUUGGGUGAACGUAUCCUUCCAUGGAUAAUGAACUCUCACUUGAUUAUAUUUAUAACGUUUCUAUACUUUGAUUGUAGAGCCUUGUUUCUACAUUUCUCUCUAUAUAUACGGGUGCUGACACAUAUUUUUGUCUCUGAAAUAAUAUAUAUGUAUGUGUGUGUA